AUGGCCACCCCGCCGCUCGCCGCCGCCGUCCUCUUCCUCCUCCUCGCCGUCUUCGGCACCUCGCACCCACAGGCCGCGGCCGCGGAAGCGCUCGCCUCCUCCCCGUUCGACGCGGCGCUGGCGGCCCUCCAGGGCCAGAUCGGCUACGCGUUCCGGUCCCCGGACCUGCUCCGCCGCGCCAUGACGCACGCCUCCUACUCGCGCGAGAACGGGCGCGCGCUGGCCGUGCUGGGCCUCGCCGCGUCCCAGUCGGCCGCGGCGCUGCGCGCCCUCGCCGCCGACCGCGACGCGCCGGCCGCCGCGGUCUCCCGCGCCGCGCGCGACGCCGCGGGGGAGGCCGCCUGCGCCGCGGCGGGCGCGCGCGCGGGCAUCCCGGCGAUCGUGCGCGUCGCCGGCGGGACCAAGGCGUCCGCGGCGCCCGUCGUGUGCGGCGCGCUCAGGGCGCUGGUCGGUGCCGUGGCGGUGGACAACGGGACCGCCGACGCCGCCGCGGAGGUCUUCUGGCGGCUCCAGGUGCUCGGCGCCGUGCCGUCGGCAACCGCCGCCAUGUGA